AUGUCGUUGCUUCCUGCAUACUCAUGGUUUCAAUGUACUCAAUUCUUCCAGAAUAAAAUGAUGCUCACUCCCCAGCUGUUUCAUGACAUCAUCAGGCCGUGUCCCGCAUGCGAAACACCCUAUGACAUUCGUCUCCACGCCCCACAUGUACUUCCAUGCUCACACACAUUCUGUAUGAUGUGUCUGUCGAAGCACGAACAAAGGAAGAAGAAAAAAUGUCCGAUUUGCGAUGCGAAGUAUUCAAAGUUUGCUCCAAACUUGGCUCUGAUGGAAGUCUCGGAGCGCAUCGAUGAACGGAGAGUGUUCUUGGAGUCAGACACGCGACAAUGCGAUGAGUGCGACAAUCGAGUGAAAACGAGCAUGAUGAGAAGAUGUGAAACUUGUGAGAAACAAUUGAUGACAAGAACAGAAUACAAAUUGGAAUGCAUAAUUUGUUUGGAAUGUUGUGUGAACUCUCACAACGGACACAAUUUCAUUCGGUUCAACACUGCUCCAUCUUCCUCAAUUGAGUCGUCACCGAUGCUUCAGCAGCGAGCGCGGCAUCCGUCAACAUCAUCUACAGUGUCUGUUCACUUCAGACAUCCAUCUACAGUGUCCGGGAGAUUAUCGACUACCAAAGGGCUCAUUAAUACCAUCAAAAGUUGGUCGUUUCGAUCAAGUAACGAACUUUCCUUCGUUCUCUCUCCCCCAUCAAAACUAGCAUUCAGUGAAGAAGACAUUGUGAUGCAGUGCCAGUCGCCUUUCUACGAAAACGAAACAGCGCAAAGUCAGCACCAGAUCCUUCGAAAUAGAAUGUCCUCAUCCCGUUUCCUUUGCUAUGAUCCAAAUAAUCCAGAUAACAUUUCGGUGGACAGUGUCUUCGUUGAAUCGCCACAAUCUCUUCCCAAUAACCUGACGCCACGAAUGUCUUCAUCAUGCCGUUCGUCGUGCAUUCAACACAAAAAUGACUCUGGAGUUAUGAUGACACCAUCUUCGUCGUCUUCUCCAGCAACACCAUCAGUCGUGACGUCCCACCCGCACUUCUCUCGAUCCGCGACGUCACUGCGGAUUCCCUCACCCGCCACUACUUCAAAGAUUCAAGGGAUCCAAAACUUUUUCGGUUCAUCCAGAGUACCUCGAAACAAUCGAAUGCAAAUGGGCGUUGCGGACAUUAUUCGCACAUUCUGCUACACUUCUGAUCACAAAAACUGUCAAUGUGCCACAAUAGUUCCACCUUCGUGUGGUUCGGGAGCUGUUAACUACACAUUUUGUCAUCUUCUAGAUGACGUAGUUCUUCCACCUCCAGAAAUAGUUGUCCAUGAUGAACAUUCGGUGUCAGCUGUGGUUCCACGAUUCUUCCAAGAAGCUCCAUUCGAUGUCAUAAAACCGUCUUUCCUGUACUUGUUAGCUUUAUUCACGAAGAAUGGCUCGGAGUGCACAUCAUUUGGUCAUAUUGAGGCAUAUCAUAGACAACAAGACAGAUGUCUUCUCAGAAUUCGUGUUCAAAUGCCAAAAAUUGAUUACACAGGAACUGAUAAUUACUACUAUGACGAUAGAUCAGCCCUGGAGUCCCAAUUCUCUCGAGAUCUUUUUGGAAUCGCUGAAAAUGUAACGUUCUGGAAUGAGGUCACAAUUCGAAGAGAUGAGAAAAUUCUGAAUGGAACUUUGGCUUUUGCAACUGUCAUGAAGUCGACUCGAGUUGAUUAUAGUUUGUGA